GCCCAUCCACCACCACCACUAACUUACCACUGCCAAUCCAUCCAUCCAUCCUCCCAUCCCACACAAACCACACACACAUCCAUUCGCGCAGCCCGAGGCCACACAAUCCCCAGCGCCCAGCACCUCGCGAACAGACAAGCCAUUUCCUCCUGCUCCCUCCCCGCUGGCAAGAGAAGAGCCAUACCAGGGUUCGUGCCACGAGGUAGCCAAGGUACCUACCUCUCUUUACCUUCCUCACCUUGUCACACCACCACCAUCCUUACCCGCCCUCCUCCUCCUCCUCCUCCUCCUCCUCCUCCUUCAGACUCGACUCCCGUCCCCGUCGUGGCCUGGCCUGGGUCCCGGUCCCGCCGCUGGUGACUGGCCAUCCAUCCAUCCAUCCAUCCAUCCACCUGCCCUGCCCAUCUAUUAUGCAUCUGCCUUUCCAGCGCUGCCGCUCCGCUUUCCACUCAGUCAAUUGCGCAACGGCCGCCGCCUCUCUUUCACCCCCCCUCGCACUCGCGCCUUUUCACUUUCCUGCAACUCACUCGGCCGCCACCACGCAUCAUCAUCGCCUUGGCCGUCGCCAUCCCCAACACUCGUCGUCGGGCCUGCGUUUCUUCGACUUUUCGUCCUAAUUUCUUCUAAUCCCGAAUCGAGCAGGCUCAGUCUGGACGGCCUCGCCGCCGCCUUUCGCCCACCCCAUCACUGUCUUUCUCCGCGCGCAACUCGGCACUGCCUGCGCCUUCUACUUCCUGCCCAUCGUCGUCUGCGGCAACCCGGCCUCGCCCUCGGCGGCCAUCCGCUCGAUCCCGCCGCUUGCGCACCGCCGCCCCCCGCGCCCGACGUGAAACCGCGAGAGCGCACCGCACUUUGCACCACCCGCCGGCUGCCGUGUUCGCGAAGCGACUGCCCCUUCCAGCCAUCUCUGUGCUGCCGUCGCACUGCCUCGACUCGUGCGAAUUUCUCCUCCACGCCCACGAACCGACCAAAAGGACACCCGUCGAGUCCCCCCCCCCUCCCUUCUCGAAGCGACCGUCGCACGUCAAAACUAGCGCUGCUCCCUGCCCGACCCUCCCUUUGCCCGUGUGGUCAACGUGCUCCAGUCGCGAGACUGGUAGCUUUUCGUUGCCACCAUGGACAUCAUGGACCGACUCGCCUGCCAUGUCAUCUAUGUCAAUCGCGGAGCCGCCGAGGACCGCCUCAUCCAGGCCACCCCCGGCGAUGCCUCUUCGCAAUUCUCUCCCGGCCCGAGACACGAUGGCCUGCGAGAAACGGUCCAGCCACUCUUAGACGCCUUUGGUGACGUUCACGUAUGCGCUACCGCCAACUCUUGCUUGUCCAAGUUGUUCGAGCUCCAAGACGAUUCAAUGAUGGAUAUGACUCCGACGCUGGUUCUGCUGGAUACGCCACACGACCAACACCUGCAAGAGCCCCGGACGCUGUCCCACCCUUCCAUCAACAGACCAGACUCGCCCUCUUUGACCGGUACCGCCGAAAUCCACACGCCCGACGAGGAGCUUUAUGGCCUGACAUUGCUACAAAAAAUCAUCACAGAAGCCCACCUUCGAAGCAUGUCAAGGCUUGUCGUUCCAGUUCCCCUCAUCAGCUAUCCCAACUCUGUCGUCUGCGCCCCUGGCCAGCAGAUGACAGAUGGCGCCGUCGAGACCACCACCGCUACUGACGCUGGCAACCUUGCCUUCCAUCGCCAGCUGAUAAGGAGAUGCCUGGACCUGGGAGCCGUCGAUGUCAUCGUCAGUCCGCUUAGUGCCAAGUGCGUCACUUCGCUCGAGAUCUGCGCGUACAAGGCACAUAGAGAUGCUGCGCGGGAGCAGCAGGCACAGAUGGAGAUCGCCAAGGGCCGAAAGCGAUCCUGGGUCGGCGUCAAUGAGCAGAAGCCUUUUGCCUAUCUGCGCGAGGCCAUGGUCUCGGGGCUCAUGAAUGGCAUCUGCCGCAUGGACGAGGAGAGCCAGCAGAUUGCCAGUGCUCACGUCGCCGUCUCGGCAGAGCGCCAGGCCGACAUCGCCGUGGCUGUUGGCGAGUGGCACUUUUGCGCGCAUUCCUUCUCGGACGAUGAGCUCCUUGUCGCCGCUUUGGUCAUGUUCAAGCACGCUUUGACGGUGCCGGACCUUGAGCGCUGGCGGAUUCCCACAGAUCAACUCAUCAGCUUCUUGGUCGCCUGUCGUGCUGCAUACAACAGCUUCGUCCCCUACCACAACUUUCGCCACGUCGUGGAUGUGUUGCAGGCAACCUUCAACUUUCUCGUCCACAUUGGCGCUCUGCCGGCAUAUUCUGCGGCCCAAAAAUCUAGUCAGCCGGCCGACCGGUCCCCGUUGGCGUCACUUCUCAGCCCCUUUGAGUCGCUGACCCUCCUCAUCACGGCCAUCGGUCACGAUGUCGGCCACCCGGGUGUGAACAACGGCUUUCUCUCGACGCUCAACGCCCCCUUGGCGCAGCUCUACAACGAUCGAUCUGUGUUGGAGUCGUUCCACUGCGCCGCCUAUUCUCAGAUUCUCCGUCGAUACUGGCCUGCGGCUUUCGAGGACCGGAAGAUGCGCAACCUUAUGAUCAGCUCAAUUCUCGCCACGGAUAUGGGCCUUCACUUCGACUACAUGAAGAAACUAGGGGACGUACAGGAAAAGCUACAUCACAACAACAGCACCGAGGGCUGGAACGGCCGUCAGCAGGAGGAAUCCAAGGCACUGGCUUGCUCGCUCCUGAUCAAGUGUGCAGACAUCAGCAACGUGGCAAGGAAACACAGCACUGCUCUUCAGUGGAUGCACAUCCUGGCAGAAGAAUUCUCUCGACAGGCUUCUAUGGAGGAUGAACUGCAGAUCAAGACGUCGCUUAUGGCGACUCCCAAAAAGGAUCUGAUCUCGCUGGCAACCGCUCAGCUCGGCUUCAUGAACAUGUUUGCGAUCCCCUUGUUCCAAGGCGUGGCCGACAUCAUGCCCGCGAUGCGGUACACAGUGGAAGAGCUCGAAACGAAUAAGAUCCUUUUCGAGCACAAAGUGCAGGAGGCAAAGGCCAGCCAGCUUAGGACCGAUGCAGACAGGAUACGAGCACACCGCGAGGGUACUUUUUCCCCACGGACGAGGAGCUUCGUGGCCGAUGCCGAGAACGGCUCCAAGGCACAAGGUCAACCGGCUGGCAGCCCACGCGCCAUGACGGAUGGCGUGUCAGAGAGCGACAGCACGCCCACGGCGAUGAACGACGUCGAGCGCCACGGCGAGCAACCACUCCCGACGGCGGCGGCGCUACACGGCGCCGAGGAGCGAAAGGGCCCCAAUGGCUUGCCCUUGUCGUUUGACCUGGCGGGCGGCGACGGAACCAGCAACCGAAACCGGGGCGAUAGCGGGGCGGACAGCAAGACGUCGGUUCCGUCAGCGCAGCAACGAUGCAGCGAGGCGACGGAUGGGAGCGCAACAGGAGCAUUCGCGGGCGACUGGCAGUCGCAGGCUACGAGCGCAGCGACCGGCAAGGCGGCUCUGUCGCCCAGCACACAGGGCACGAGCAUUGUCAGCAACGAUUCGAUGGAGAGGACCCUCAGUGCUCCGGGUGUGAGCUCUCCUCGUCCCGGCACGAGCAACCACAGUUCCCCGACGGCAGCCUCUCAACGACAGAACGGGCGAAGCGAGGAAGGACCGUUGGCCGUCGGCAGCAUAGGCAAGGCCGAGGGCAAGUCGCUGAAGAAGAAGCCCAGUCGGUUCAGGAUGAAGGACUUCCCCUUCUUCCGGCGAAACAAGGGCUCUAACCCUUCAGUGGCGGGUGCGGACACGCCAACAUGAGGGGUGGCGGACCAGCAGAUGACCGGAUGUGGUUGGCAUUGGCAGCAAGCGCGCGAGGGGGGCUGACAGGACCCUUGCCAAGCAUCUGCGAACGGUGGCAGUUGCAUGGCCAUGCCGCUGCUUACCGUGGCUCAUGAGCUGUUCGGUACGAUGCCGAGGGGGUCUGGCAUACGGGCUUGGGCAAGCAAGCCCGCGAUGAGGCGCUCCGUUGCAGCGCCCCCCUGGUUGCCAAACUCAUGGGCGUGGUUUGCACGCCGGCAGGCUCAUGAAUACGUGUACAUUAUACUUUGGGAGACUUGACGGCCGGCAAGCCGUGUACAUGUUUGGGAUUCUGGAAAAAGGUGUUUGAGUAGGGCGGCGUUUGCGUGCGGCAUUCGGGAGACAGGCACGGCGGCUGGGAGAGCCAGCGCCUGGUUGAGGCAUGAAUGAGCAACGGCCACGAAGCCUGCCGCGACGGCAGCAGCACGUUGGGCAGACGGGGCGAGGGAAGGAAAUACCAAACAGCGCUGUGCAGGUAGAGGACAAUCAGAUGUCUUUGUUUCGGGAAG